AUCAAAGUCGGUUAUCAGUAAACCGUACACUAUUAUUCGCUGAUACUAUUCGUCGUUAUCGGUCAAAUUUUUUUACAUCAUCUUUUUUUUCUUUGUUUUUUUAUCUCUGAAAGUCCGAUACGAACAUUACGAACAUCCGCGUACGAAAGAUUAUUAUUUUAUUAUAGUAGUUUACAAAACAUUACAUCAUUUCACUUCGGUAUUGUACGUCGUCGAAUUUCUGUUGGAUUUCAUGUGCGUUGCGCACAAUCCAUCAAUAGUCGGCCGUGCGGCACCCAGUUAGUUCACUCCAAGUCCCAUUCAGCCUUUGCCACUAUGAUCAAGUCCAAGUCGUUUCUGUCCACGACGUGUUUACUUAGGGAGAGCCGGCUGCCGUUCAGUGCCAAACUGCAACCCAUCAAAAUGUCGUACACAUCAUAUGAGUCGGCCGCAGACGGCGGACAAAAACCGCCGAUCAUUAUCAUGCACGGUCUGUUUGGCUGCAAGUCCAACUGGAACAGUUUGUCCAAAUCCCUGCACAAUAUGACCCACAGAAAAGUAAUUACUGUUGAUGCAAGAAAUCAUGGAGACUCACCGCAUACUUUGGAGCAGUCAUAUCAGCUGAUGGCUGAAGACGUUAAAUUUUUAAUGGAAGAUUUAGGUGUAAAAAAAGCUUCAUUAAUUGGUCACAGCAUGGGUGGCAGAACAAUGAUGUACUUAGCAAUCAUCUAUCCAGAACUUGUGGAAUCCUUAAUACCAGUUGAUAUAUCACCAAUCAACAGCAAAGAAGUGAGUGAUAUCCAAAGUAUUAUAGAUGUCUUAAGAGGUGUUAAUUUAGAUGUUAAUGGAUCCAUAUCAAAAGUUCGUAAAUUGGCAGAUGAACAUAUGAAAAGUUCAAUAGAGAGUCCAAUACUUCGACAGUUCCUCCUAACCAAUCUUAUCGAAGUGAACAAAAAAUACCAAUGGCGCAUGAAUAUAGAAUCCAUCAAUGUUAAUUUUAAAAACAAUCUUGCCGUGUUUCCACCUGUUCAAUCAACAUAUGAUGGUCCAACAUAUUUCAUCGGAGGCGGAAAUUCAGUUUUCUUGAAACCAUCUGAUCAUGAGGCCAUCAAACAGAUAUUCCCUUCAGUUAAAUUUGAUUACAUACCUAGUGCUGGUCAUUGGCUACAUGCAGAAAAACCUCAUGAGUUUUUGAAAUUAGUUACACUAUUUUUAGCUACUGUAUAGAAAUAUAAUUUUUAUUUUGUAACUUGUGACUUGUUAAAUUUUUUUAAUGCUUAAAUUUACAAAUGUUACCUUAAAAAUGCUAGUUAAGUCUUGUAAUCUAAAAAAUUGUUUGUUCAUUCAAACUUUUAAGUCUGAAAAAUUGUUACACAAUUAUUAAACUAUUGGUAAAAUUUGA